AUGAAUGUAUUAUAUAUAUUCAUAUUCUUAUUUUUUUCAUAUAUUGAGCCAUCUCACUCUUGGAUUCUCCGUAAAUGUUAUUUUACAAGCAAUUAUUUUUUACCUUCCAGAGGUGUCCACCCACUUUUAGCUAAGCGGAAGGCUGGUCGAGUAUUAAUAACUUUGGAAUGCAGUGUAUCGCGCAAGCUUGGAUUUCCUCCUUCACGAUAUUACACAACUAAAAACAAGGUUAACACUCCUAAUAGAUUGGAGCUUAUGAAAUAUAAUAAGUAUCUGAAGAAGCACACACUACACAAGGAAAUUAGAUAA